AAAAAAAAAAACUGUAUCAGUGUACAGUAAAUACUAAGGAGGGAAAAAGUCACGCCAACGCGUUUAAGAUGCACCAGUAGCAUCGUUUAGCGGUUCUACUGAAAAGUCCAUUCUAAAUGCUCAGGAUCUAAAUCACGACAUUGACCAUACAGCAACAUCAAAAAACGCCUGCAAUAAUUUAUCGGACGUAUUCUGGAGCCAAAAUCAAUUUUAGAAGGUCGCCGUGUGAUUGAUGUCAAUUAUGUAUUUAGCAAAAUCGCAAAAAUAAAUCAUCAACCUUUUGGUUGAACUUUUAAUAGUUUGAUUUUAACUGGUGAACGAAAAGUUGGGUGGUAUAGUGGAUUUCUCUAUACUUGUGGAAUGUGUGACAUGAAUGAAAAAAUAGAAUCUGAAAACCCUCAUUCAUCAUUGAUGAAGGGGUGUAUUAUUAGAGCAAGGAUGAAAAAAGUUAUUUUCUUGGGAGUCCAAAAUAAAUAUUGUUCUAUCAGCGCAAAAGCACAAUUGAUAUCCAAAGAACCAAACACACACAAGUGUUUUAAAAACUGGCUUGGAACGUCAACAUGUUUAGAGCCAGAUAUCAUCCUGGAGGGUUUUAAAGAAAGUGUAUCCAUGCACAACUUGAUUUAUAGCAGACUUAUUGGUGAUGGCGACAGCUCUGUCAUAAAAAUAUUGAAUAUGGCGAAAUCCUAUGGACCAACACUUUUAGUAAAAAAAAUUGAAUGUAAAAACCACAUUUUAAGGAAUUAUAUCAACCGGCUAAAAGAAAUUACAUCAAAGCGUAAGAGUACAAAAGAUCACUGGAAAAACUUGCCAAACCUCACCCAAUAUCCAAAAUUAGGUUUUUAAAACGUGACAUUGAAAAUGGGCCCCUUCAUGUAUUUGGUUGUCACGAAAAUUGUGAUCCAUAUUUCUGUAAGGCUGACACCAUUUCCCAUAAUUCUGUUCCUGAAAUGGUGGUGUGCGGGUUGUGGCAGGAUAUAAUUGCUGCAAGAAAUUUGGUGGCAUUUUACACAGAAAGUUUGAUUCAUGACUUGAAUACCAAUUUUGUUGAAUCUUAUAAUAGUGUAGUAACUAAAUUUAUCGGCGGAAAAAAAGUUAACUAUUCCUUGCAUAGUUCAUAUAGUACUCAAAGCAUGACUGCCGUAUCAUCUUUCAAUUUAGGUUCAGAAUACAUACGACGACUCCAUAA